AAGCAUGAAAUCACAGAUAAACACAAGUGAGGUGUGCAGGUUGUAGACUUGGCCAGGCAGUACCAGCAUAGUAUUUCUACGAUAUGUAUGAUACUAAAGCAGAAGUGCAGCAUUAAGAGAGUAGCAAGUAAAUCAGUGAAAAGUGAAGUGAAAAAAAAAUUGUAGCAGUUAAGUUCAGUGAUAAAGUGGAGCAAAUAAGUUAAGCGAUUAAGUGAUAGAAAAAGGAUGAAACACAACAAACUCCUCUAAUGUUGUUGGUGGUGGUGAGGUUUAUAGGACCACUGACAUCAUACACUGCUCUCCUUAUCUUUUCCACCCUCAACCUUCACUAGCAUAGCAUCUGUUCUCCAAGACUGAAGAUAAUGAUUGGACGGAUGUUAAGAGAUGCUUCUAGUACCCAUGGGCCAUAUGUUGGGGCCCAAAGUAAUUCCUUCUGCCAACAUACAGACAUGGAGCCCAUCAUGUGUGGCUGUGGAGAAGAGGAAAAGGACUUUGCAUGGGUGUGGAGCACACGUGAAGAGGGCGGUCAGGCUGGCAGUAUUCUCCUUGCCUCAGGAGAUCGACAAAUCAUCUUCAACCCCGAGUACAGUUCAGGUACAGCAGCAAUUCGUGGAAAUGAAACUCUUCCUUCUGGUUACCAUCACUACUGGGAGCUCAAAAUGACCUCUGCUGUUUAUGGGACAGAUAUUAUGGUGGGAGUUUGUACUCCAAAAUGUGACCUGAAGCAUGGCAUCCACCGUUUCUGUUCUCUGCUUGGACGUGAUGAAGAAUCGUGGGGAUAUUCUUAUACAGGGACCAUACGACAUGCAGCCAAGUUUCGUCAGUAUGGCCCCAGGUGGGGCAAGGGCAGUAUUGUUGGCAUCCACCUGGACUCCUGGCGUGGCACCUUGGAGUUCUUCUUGAACAGGAAACCCCUUGGUAUAGCCUUCAGUGGACUACAGAAUAUAGAAUUAUACCCUAUUGUUACAUCAACAUCAGCUCAUUCAGGCAUGAAGUUGGUUACCAGCUGCACAUUUUCAGCUAAUCUUCAGUUUCUGGCCUCUGAAGUCGUGUUUAAGCACAUGCGUGAGAAGAUGAGAGUGGAUCCUGAAAAUCUGCCACUGCCACCUGGCCUUCGCUCCUUUGUUGCGAACAACUAUUGGCCUCUUUUACGGUCUGUCGGUCUUGAAAAUGAAGAUAACAAGAAUGAAGAGCCAAAAUGGUCCAAGAGUAGCACAAAACAUCCCUAUGAAGAUGCACAACAAGAGGACCGACUGUACAAGAGGUUUUGCAGUCGACCACUUCAUCACAGAUCCCACUCAGCUUCUUCCACUGAUACUUAUUCUGAUGGCAGUUCCUCGCCUAGUUUGCAUUCUUACAUGACUGAUUUCUCACCAGAAUUCUGCAUUACUCUUUCACAACCACCACCUGCUUUGUCAUCCAUGGAGAACUGCUCAGGGGUUGCACCGUCUGUGGAACCUUCGGUGUCAGGCACAGAUGUGUGCUCCCUCACACUAACACCCGACACUUCUGAGAGCUGUAGACAUCCACCCUCUACCUCAGACUCAUAGUUUAAUUUUUAUCAAAUUUAUAUAGAGUUUUCAUGUUUUAGUAUGAUGGAAGAAAGCAGCAUCGAGGGAGGUGUACAGUAUUACUGUCUUGUCAUAUGAGUAUGAAGUGGAAGUCUGUUAAACUUUUUUGCACUUUGGCAGGAUUGCUAGGCUUUUCUUUCUGUCUCUUAAACAUCUAGCAUGAUAAAUAAGUCAUAUAGACUUACUUUCAGUAUGCAUUUUAUUUUAUUUCCUAAUUGUUUGCAUUCCUGUAGUUUUUCUUUUCCAAAUUAUUUUUGAAGACCAGGUUGUGGAGUUGAUAAUCAAUGAAAUAUUUAACACAUACAAGAUGUAUAAAAGAUAUAUUUACAAAUAUAUAUUUCUUCUUUCAACAAACCAUCCAUAUCCGGCCAUAUAUUUUUGUUAUUGAUAAAAAAGUCAAAGACUGAAAAUGAAAACUGAACACUGUUUUGGUUCUUGCUGGACCAUUAUCAUAUUACAAACUGAUUAUGGUUCAACACAGAUUGAAAUUUCGUCCAGGUUUUAUUUUCAAUAUUUUUGCUUGUGAUGAUGAUGAUGAUGAAUGUGAUAAUUUUAUUUCUAAAGAAGAUAGAUUAUAGUUAUGAUAGUAGGUUAAUAGUGUAUAUUUCUUACAAGAAAAAGCCCAUAGUUAUGCCUAGCAUUUCAGGAAGUCUUGAGCUACGACUAAAAAUAAAAAUAUAAACUAUAUUUAACAGAUGUACCGUCCUGCCAAGUGAGUGUAAAACGAAAGCCUGUAAUUGUAUUACAUGAUGGUAGGAUUGCUGGUGUCCUUUUUUCUGUUUCAUAAACAUGCAAGAUUUCAGGUACGUCUUGCUACUUCUACUUACACUUACGUUACACUGCACAUACAUGUACAAGCAUGUAUAUAUAUAUACCCCUCUGGGUUUUCUUCUAUUUUCUUUCUAGUUCUUGUUCUUGUCUAUUUCCUCUUAUCUCCAUGGGGAAGUGGAACAGAAUUCUUCCUCCGUAAGCCAUUUGUGUCGUAAGAGACGACUAAAAUGCCGGGAGCAAGGGGCUAGUAACCCCUUCUCCUGUAUAUAUUACUAAAUUUAAAAGGUGAAACUUUCUUUUUUCCUUUUGGGCCACCCCGCCUCAGUGGGAUACGGCUGGUGUGUUGAAAGAAAGAAUUUAACAGAUGUGUAUCAGUGUAGUACACACUAAAUAUAUAUAAUAUUACAUAAUAUUGUAAUGCAAAAUUUUGUGAAAGACAUUAAAUUUUAAUGGUAAAUUGAAAUUUAACUGCAAGAGCAUUAAAAAUAUAAAUAAGGAGACAAUAAUAUAAAAAUGCUCAGAGAUAUGAUUACAUCUUAAAAAAAAUUGGCAGUUUAAGAAGCAGAAUUAAAAAAUUCAGGGGAUGAUAAACAUACAGAUCUUUCUGGGUUUUUCUUUGAAUUAACUGCUACAGUUUUUUAAUUCAUCUAGAUAUUUAUUUCACAUUUUUAGUCCUUUCAUUUGCAUUAAGUUUCCAGAGCAGUUCAGGUGAACACAAGGAAUUUUGAAGUGGUCUUUAUUUCAUUUGUGAUGCCUGUGUGUUGUUUUAGUUUUCCUGGAAGUGUCUUCAGUUAACAUCAGCAUUAUUAUUAUGUGGUGUUUUAAAGAUGUUCAGUGAACAAUAGUAUGUCAGCGAACAAUAGUAUGUAUGCAUCUCACUAAUAUUAUGUUGCUUUAGGGAUUUGCAUAAGGGCAAAGUGCAUUACCCAAAAUUUUGAGUUUGUGAUGGUUCUGGUAGCUGCCUUUUGUUGUGUGAUAAUUGGUUUGAGGUGGAGGUAGAGCCCUUGGCACAAAUUACAUAGAUGAGGCAUGGGUAAAUGAGAAGUUAGUAGAUUGUUAGUAGUGUAGAUUGGGGAAUAUAAUAGCAAAUUUAGGCUAUCUCCCACUAAGGUAAGGUGACCUCCCCCUUCAAAACAAAAAAUAACAUUUACCAUCAUUUUGUCAGUAACUGUCUUACCAGAAGUGUACAAACAUCACAAUUCAAAUAACCCUCUGAGCUACAAUAUCCCCACCAUUCCUUCAGAGUACACACACACUACUUCCCUCCAGGACUCAGAUGUAACUAACUAGUUUUCCUGAAUCCCUUCAUAAAUGUUCCCUGGCUUACAUUAAUGUUUAAUUUAUUAUCUGUUAGCAGGCCUAGAAACUUAUUUUCAUCCUGUUUCUCUACUUUGGAUUCAUAAAUUUUGAGGUCUAAUUAUGGAUGAGGUUUAUUGCCUAAAGUUAUGUUUUUUCUGUAAUGAGGGUGAGUUUAUUUAUCAUUCAAGUGUAGAUCCUUUUUUAGUUCAUAAUUAACCCAAGUGUUAAGGUCCAGGGAUACAAGCAUGACAACAUGUAGUUUGUAUCAUCAACAUGCAGUACUGGCUUACUGUGCUGAGUGACAUAUUGAUAUAGAGAAGGAAGAAAAAAAAGGGCCCAGGAUGUUUGAGUAGUUUAAGUGCUAUUUAUGACCACCUUCUCUCCUCUGUUACUAAAGUAGGAUCUGUGUGUGUGCCUCGAGGAUGUUGUGAUUAAGCUUGUGAAUAAGAAUAUUGUGGGUGACCAUAUCAAAAGCCUUACACAGAUCAUGAACUAUAUCAGUUAUUAUUGUAUUAUUAUUGUAAUAAUCACAACUAAGUGCUAAAUCCACAAGAGUCUAAACCAUGUCAAGCAUUUUUAUGAUCAUAGCAGUUUUUUAUGUGUGUCUGAAUCCAAAUUAAUAAGGAGUAAGUACAUUAUGUUGGUUUUAAGUACAAGUACAGCUCUUUUAGAUACCUUCAAAAAUAUUUUUGAUAGUACUGGUAGACUUAUCUAUUGGUCUGUAAUUGUUAAAUGUCAGUUUGAUCGCAGCCUUUGUGAAUGGGUGUUACUGGCCCUUUUCAGACAGUCUGGAGAGAUGUCCUUAAAUGAUUUGUUGAAAAAUAUUGAAAUUGGUUAAUUAUUGUUUCUGCAAUCAUGGUGGAACAUAACCUGUGGGAUCUUACAGCACUUGGGGAAUUGGGAAUGGGGAGCAAAUAGAUUGGAUCCCUAGGAGAAGAUUGUUCCAGUUCUUUACAUCAGGAGCACCUUACCAGCAUCAAGGCACCUCCUUGAGCUUCUAAUAAGACAUUAACUACAGUAUACAUGGAAAAUGGAACAUUUAAUACCAAGGAGAGCAACACAGUUCAAUACACGAAAGAGCCCUUGAAAGUGACAGUACACAAAUAACCCACACAUACCAGACUGAAACUUAUGAUGACAUUUCGAUUUGACUUGGAUCAUUAACUAGUUAAUGGUCCAUGUUGGACCAAAAUGUCAUAAAUUUCAGCCUCCUGAUGUGUGGGUUAUUUGUGUAUUGUUCCAGUUAUGAGAGUGUGCAUUUUUUCUUUCGGCCGUCUUCCACCGAGGCAGGGUGACCCAAAAAGAAAGAAAAUCCCCCAAGAAGAAAAUACUUUCAUCAUCAUUCAACACUUUCACCACACUCACACAUAAUCACUGUUUUUGCAGAGGUGCUCAGAACACAACAGUUUAGAAGCAUAUACAUAUAAAGAUACACAACAUAUCCCUCCAAACUGCUAAUAUCCCAAACCCCUCCUUUAAAGUGCAGGCACUGUACUUCCCAUUUCCAGUACUCAAGUCCGGCUAUAUAAAAAUAACCGGUUUCCCUGAAUCCCUUCACUAAAUAUUACCCUGUUCACAUUCCAACAGAUCGUCAGGUCCCAAAGUACCAUUCGUCUCCAUUCACUCCUAUCGAACACGCUCAUGCACGUCUGC